AUGUCAGAAGCGACAAGACGUCUGGUCAAACUCGUGCGAGAUAAAGCUCGUAGCCAGGAUGCGUGCCGAAAAGCCCAACAGCUUUUGCAGCAAGGGGCAGAUAUCAAAGCUCCCAUUAAAAAUCAAUCAAUGAUUGACUAUAUUAUUGCUGAAGAACAACGAUGUCGAAUACCUCGACCGUGGGAAGCUGACUGCUGUUUACAUCUAGUAGAAGUUCUGCGACAAGGUGCUUCCGACCAACUCCGAGCGCAUGUGUUCGCUGGAAAUGAUGGUAAUCUCGACGAAAUGCGUCAGCUAGUUCAAUUACAAGCAAGCUGCUACCAAGGAGGUCCACAGAGACCAUUAGGUUUAUUGGGUGACUUGAUAAAUGAACGGACGAAUACUAUUCGACUUGAUGUCGCUAAAUUCCUGGUUGAGAAUGACAUUGAUAAACAAUACAGUUGGUUCUCCGUUGAUACUGAAGGGAAAACCUGCGUAUGCAUUGCUAAGGACAAUCCGAACUGUCCAAAGAACGUGGUUGAUUAUCUGCAGCAACAUUUUGAUAUAAUUUUAAGUAAAAUUCCUCGUACCAAGCCUGAAAUUGAUCAAGAACAGAUAGUCGCAUGUUUUCGUCGAGGUGCUCGAUUGGAAACGGUUGAUGAAGAUGGAAAUACUGUUCUUUCUAACGCGGUUAUCAUGAAUAACUUGGAACUCGUCAAUGUGCUUCUGUCACUGGGCAGCCAAUUGACACAUCGAAACAAGAACGGUCUCACACCUUUACAAAUUGCUGAGAAUGCCACAUCAAGAAAUCCUCCAUUAGUAGCUAUUUUACAGAAACAAGCUGUGAACAUAGAGUUGAAGGAUUUGAUUGAAGCAAAAGGAUCUCAUUUGACAACCGACGAAGUCCGACGUCUGUUAGACAAAGGAGUCAACAUCAAUGCUAAAAUGGAAAAUGGGAACUCAUUUCUACAUAUUUUGAUAUCGAAUGACGGCACACCAGAUAUGAUCAUUACUUUCGUUAAUGAUUUUCAUGCUGACCUAUCAACAACAAACAUCGAUGGAUACCGACCGAUCGAAACAUGUAUUAUGAAAGAAAAACAUCCAUAUGCUCGGUUGACCGCUGUUUUAAAAUUAUCAAAACUAAGUAUGGAUAUGUUUAAUAAUGUCAAAUUGAACAAAACCCUUUUACAAUUUGCCAACGAUCAGAAUCGUACCGAAGCAGGAAAACUAGUGCAAAAUGAACUGAACCUUCGUUUAUGGAGCUGUGUGAUGCGCAUCAGCACAAACGCAGAGCAAAACAAAAUUCUUAUGGCUGAAAUCGAACAGUUAAUUCGCUACGGUGCUCAAAUUAACUACAAACAUCAAGAGAAUUCAUAUUCGGAAUGGACUGCAUUGCAUUUAGUUUGUCAAAUGGGUUCGAAAUCAUUUGUUCAAUUUGUAAUCGAACACUUCGAAGCAGAUUAUACACUGAAAAAUUCCAAUGGCGAUUGUCCGAUUUCUCUUGCAGCUGAAAAUGGUCAUCUGAUGAUUGUUGAGUAUUUACGCGGCUUACCAAAUACAAAUUUGAACAUAUUUAACAAAGAUCAGCAGACACCGCUACAUUUAGCAACAAAAAAUCACCACCUACUCGUCGUGCGAUAUCUUGUGCAAUGGGGUGCUGACCAUCAAGCAUUAAAUCAAUGGAAACAAACUCCACUCAAUAUAGCGCAAGCCAGCCAGCCGAAAAACAAAGAAGAAGAGAUCAUUGGUAAAAAAUUAGUUCAACUUCUCCAACGAUUGGUUUGUCCACCUGUUCAUGGUUCAGCUGGACAGUCGAUCGACACAAAACAGCCAGAGCUUGAUCUCGACACUUGUGAAUUAGGAUCACCCGUGAACAUCAAUCCUAUUUCCAUGAUAAAUGAAGAUGCUGAAGGCGAGCGGGGGAAAACCUACAGAGAAAAUAUUCUUGCUAAUCAUCCAAACGAUAUUUUACAUGAUGCCGCAAAAAAGGGAAACCUUUUCGCCGCACAAAAAGCAUUGAGCGACGGGGCUAAUAUCCGUCAUAGAAACAAACCAGAUCGUACUCCAUACGAAGUGGCGCACAGGACAGCAGCAAAAUGUGCUACUCAAUUAAACUCACCCUUACUCGACUCACAGGACCGUUUACGUUUACAAGGUUUGCUUUAUCACUGCCAAGAAAUUAUCAAACUCAUCCAACAGACUGCUCAAAACAAAAUUAGUCAGGCCAUAGAUAGUUCCAAUGCAGGUCUUGUCAUGGCGUACCAUGCUGCAGGAGCGACACUCACUCCUGAACUAUUUUCCAAAGCUUGUAAUGCAUCUGGGUCCGAAACUGUUGAAAUCGUCGAUUAUCUUCUCAGAAACAGUGAAGACAUUCAGAAAGUAGUGAGCAACUAUUCGUCAUCUGAUUCUCCGUAUCACAUCGCAAAAAAGAAUGGGAAUACAAGAUUAGCCUCCUAUUUCAAAUAUCAAUUGUCAAUGCGAUGUACAAAAGCAAUUAUGGAAAAUAGUUUCCUAUCUGUUCAGAAACUAGUGCAUGAUGGUGCAAGCGUUGAUAUGGUUGAUACGAAUAAUUUACAACAGGCAUUGGCUCAUCAAAACACUCAAAUGAUUCAACUAUUGUGUCGGUGUGGUGCAAAAAUGCCAUCCAAAUGGCUCGCUGCAAAAGACAUCGUGCUUUCACCAGCUGAAUCUCAACAAUUCAAACCAGAAAUCAGAUUUAUUAUCAAUCAAUGUCUGAUCGAUAGUCGACUUCGUUUUGCAGCUGCUAAUGGCGAUCUUAAUUGUUUGAUUCUAUGCCAACGACUUGGUGCUAAUAUUAAUUCUGUGAACUGUCACGGUUCAACUGCACUUUUAUAUGCUCUUAAAUACAGCCAUUCCUUUCCAGUUGUCCAUGCCCUUGUUUCACGUGGUGCAUCGAUAUUGCAUUUCAAUGAAGAUGAACCAAAGUCAUUAAUUCAGUUUGCAAAAAGACAGAACUGUCAACAGAUCGCUAGCUAUUUGUUUCAAGAACUGAAUGCACAAUUUUUAUCCGCAAUUCUCAACAAUGAUCGACAAAGCGCAACGACAUUUGCGCAGUUUGGCGCGGAUUUCAACUAUCAGGAUGAACAAGGGCGUACGCCAUUACAUUACGCUGUACAAUACCACGGUAUCGAGCUUGUCACUUGGCUACAUGCUGGCGGUAGCGUUGCGAACAAAGCUGAUAUCAACGGUGAUUAUCCAAUCAUUUUAGCAACUGAAAGGGGCGACUAUGCUACAGUUGAACAUUUUGUAAAACACGAUCCAAAUACGAAACAACAAACAAACAAAUCCGGAUUGACCGCUUUACAAAUAGCGCAAAAAUUGGGAUUCACAAGAAUCGCUCAAUUAAUCUUGACCGGAGAAAGUGUACCUGAAUCUUCGGCGGAUGCUGAAGAAAUUCGACUCGAUAGAGAAGUGUUAAAAAACGCAGCUGAAAAAGGUGAGAUCAAGGUGAUGCAAGAAUUCGUCAAGCAACCGUACGAAUCGAGAGAAGAGAAAAGAAAACUUUGCCAUGAAUUGCUUAAAAUCGCAAGGCGAGCUAAUCAGUUAGAAAUUGUCCGUAUUCUCGAAUCUUAUUACAACACAAAACCGAUAUCAAAUGAAGGAUCAGGCGGUAAUGUCCGAUUGAGUGAAUAUUACCAGAAAGUUUUGCUCGGAUUUCUAAGUGGUAUCAGCGGUAUUAUUGCCGAUAGUCGAGUUGACCUUGAUCCAACCGAUCCCGCAACUUACAGAGAGCUUUUCUCUGAUUUGACGUCGAGAGUAAACAAAUAUUCACAAGAAUUACAACAAGUGAAUAGUGAACAAGAUUUGAAAAAAUUAAUCGAGAAAGAUUCAGCGCACACAAACAAAAGAAUAGCUGAACUACAUAAAAAACUAGAAGAAGUUUUGGAAAGCAAAGAUUCUUUGGAGGCGAGUAUCGAAGAUCUGGAACAGCGCGUUCAUACACAAGAAAAGUCAACGAAUAUUACAGCGAUUCAACGAAAAGAAUAUAUGGUAGAGAGAGAAGCUCUGAAUAAAAAAUUAUCUGAGUAUGACAGCUCCAUACUUUUAUUGAAACGUCGCGAAGAAGCUCUAUUAAUGAGACGAAACACAAUAAAUUUUAUCAAAAAUAAUUCGAAUUUAGCAUUGUUCCAUCAAACAAUUGAAAAUCGCUUGGACGCGUUGUUCACAAGUGUUUUCGCAGCAGAAGGUGGUUAUGCGAAAAGAGAAACAAUCAUUCCUUUCAUGAAUCUAUUGCUAACAAAUGUCAAAUCAACACUAAAUCCGAUUCUGUCAAAACUGAACGAAAAAGUACAGCGACAAGAAUGGCAUGCUAUUUCAACUCUUGGUAAUAUUGAAGAACUGAAACGAAUCGCAUCCGAUACAGCUGGGAUAAUCACUCUCUACUAUAAAGAACAAAUUCAAUUGAUUGAUCCAUUUCGAAAGAUUAAAGGUACAAAUAUGUUCAAUACAAGAAUAAAAUGGAUUAAAAAUGUCUUCUACGAUGCUCGUCCAGAAGGUUCCGAAGAGAUGGCCAUUACUAUGUUUGCUGAAUAUGUAACCGCGUGGAUUAUUGACGCUCUUAAGGCAAGUAAAACUGAGCUUAUUGCAACAGAAUCAUUACCGGCGCAACUUUGGUUGUUUGUUGCAAAGAAAAAUCCUAUGGAUCAAGGAACAACUGUCCAAGUGACCGAUGCUGUUGGGGUUUCAGCUGGACAACAAAGAAUUCCUUUAAAGAUCCGCAAUUCGUUUGGCAAAGACGAAGAAAAGCAAGCACAAUUGCGUCAUCUCAUCGGUUGUGUAUCUGUUCUUGGUAGUAAUGGACAUAUUUAUCAGUAUUCGAAACCAACGAAUUCUUCUGACCAUGAAUUGGUGGACUUGGAAAUAUUUGGCUACGUCUAUGUCAAACCAUUCUCAUCUGAUAAAAGAGUAUUGGACGCAAUUGUAGAUGGACGAAAGUUGGUCUUGGCCAAACGCGAUACACAUGGAGAUAUCCUAACAAAAUUCGAAGAGAUAGCGCUGCAUGCUCAGACCUAUGCCGAUCAAAUUGAGCAGUUUACAGGCGAAUCUUCCGUCAACAAAGAAAUAACGAAGCAAGUGGCAGAAACUCUUCAACAUCAACACAUUUUUGCUAGUUUGAACCAUGUCGAUGAAGAGCUGAAAAAGCUCCAAGAAACAGUAGAAUUAGAUAUUGAUGUUCUACGUGAAGAUAUUGAACGAAAAGUACGAUUUUAUCAAGUAUCGAUCGAUGCAGCUCAUGAACAAAUUAAAAUAGAAGCAGAAGCGAAUCGAAAGGCACUUGCCGAAGAAAUGCAUCGACACUAUGAGAAAACAUGGCAAGACUUGAACGAACAAUUUCAAAAUGUGCAACAACAUUUGGGAAAAUUUGUGGCGGAUCGUUUGACCAAGAUUGAAAAGUAUGUGGAAGAAAAUAGCAAGAAAAUCGAAAAAGAGGCUGAAACAGCUAGAUCUGAUUCUCGCAUAGCCGUAGCACAAUCAGGUCGAGCUAGUGAAAUCGCACAACAAGCGGCACAGGACGCAACACAAGCUGCACUUGUUUGUGGCAGAUAUUCAAAGCUACUUGAACAACAAUAUCAAGAAUUUCAGAAGAAAAUCCAGAUUUGUGAGACUACAAUCAACCAGAAGGCAGCCGCACAAGAAGAAUUCUGUAAGCAUGAGAUUGCGGAAACAUGCGACACAAUUCGGUCGAAAUGCGAGCAAGCACGGAAGGCAGUGCAGGAUGUUCAAAGCAGUACAAGACAGCAACUGGAUAUUCAGAAAGAAGAAAAGGAGAUAUUAGUAAAUGAAGUUCAUAAGGCAAGGGUAGAAAGCCAAAAGGUGGCUGUCGAGGCGAAGCGAGCUGCAAAUGCUGCUGCAGAAGCAUUGGGAAAAGUCGAAAAGGCACUUGAGCGAAUACAGAAAGCAACGAGGCUGUGA